CAUUCAGAAAAUUCACUACAACGUAAAGUGGUGACAUGGUGAACCAAUAAUGUAUCGUGAGUGAAGUGUGCAAACUGUAAGACAAGAACUAAACUUAGCCUCAAAUUCCGUUCCUUUCCUUCCUUAAGCUCCUCUAAAAUGUCAACAUAUUUCUCAAGAAAAAACCAGAAUCAAACCAAACAGAAGCCAAGAGACGGUCAAGAUUACAACUUUGGAGAUGAGCCACAGGUUUCACAGUCGGACCCCACUUGGUGAUGGUAUACCUGCAUCGUUUUGUCUGUCCAACAAUGAACAAUCUCUUUCCACAGCUGUGGGGGCAACAUUCAAACUAUCUCAAACUAUGGUAUCUGAUCCGUUAACCCAAUUAGAGGCCUUCCUUCAUUCUCUUAUCUUUCCCUCUUAAUGUAAUCUCCUUCACACAAGUAUUUGAUUUGAAUUGGACUCAACUGGGUUUGGAGUUUCGAUUCAGCAAAUGGCUUUGUUGAGUCCUCGAUUGCAUAGAUUCCGCUUAUUAACCAAGCUCCACCAAGCCUCUGCCUCCAAACCCACUAACGCAAAUCAGCUCACUGUCAGAAGAAAAACCGGAUGCUGCUAUGCCAUAGCUGUUGAUGCUCCAUCUUCUUUAACAGAUGCUGCGGGAAUCAGAUGGGGUUCUACCACUUUGCAAGGCUUGCGGGAAGAAAUGGAGGACGAUGCUGUUGUGCGGUCUGAUGGUCUUAAUGGCUUCUUGUUUGCUGCAGUGUUCGAUGGCCAUGGUGGCUGUUCCUCCGUCAAGUUCCUCAGGGAGGAGCUGUACAAAGACUGCAUAACAGCUGUACAAGGUGGUCUGAUGUUGAAUGGAGGGGAUUUUGAAGUGAUCAAAGCGGCUUUGGAGAAGGCUUUUGAUGACACUGAUAAAAGAUUACUCCCUUUGCUGGAGGCAGCUGGGAAGGAAGAUGAAUCUGGUUCCACUGCAACUGUUGCAUUCAUACGAAAUGAUGUUAUGUUCAUUUCACAUGUUGGUGACUCUUGUGUUGUGUUGUCACGUUCCGGAGGAGCACAGGUAUUGACGAGUUCUCAUCGGCCUUAUGGAAACAACACCACCUCACUGCAAGAAAUUAGAAGAAUUAGAGAAGCAGGUGGAUGGAUCGUUAAUGGGAGAAUCUGUGGAGACAUCUCUGUAUCUCGUGCAUUUGGUGACAUACGAUUCAAGACGAAGAAAUACGAGAUGCUGAGAAAAGGAGCUGAAGAAGGGAGAUGGUCUGAAAAGUUUGUUUCUCGUGUACAGUUCAAUGGAGAUUUGGUAACCGCAUCACCAGAAGUUCUUCAGCUUACCCUCGGAUCAAAUGUCGAGUUUGUACUGAUAGCGUCGGAUGGCCUAUGGGAUUACAUGAAUAGCUCCGAAGCGGUUAAGUUUGUUCGGAAUCAAUUGAGUCAGCAUGGUGAUGUUCAGUUAGCUUGUGAAGCCCUCGCACAAGCAGCCUUGGACAAAGGGUCACAAGACAAUAUCAGCAUUAUCAUGGCUGAUUUGGGGCGGACAGAUUGGCAGAAUUUGCCCCUCCAGCAAGACAACGUCAUAUUUGAAGUGGCUCAAGCUUUUGGCACGAUUGGGGUCGUUUCUUUCGGUAUUUGGUGGGCGUCCUCUAUUUUCUGUCUUUAAAGUUUGUGUGUCCCACUGUUGUAUAAUCAGCUUAUUCUUCCGUACUUUUCAUCUGUAAAGUGUAAGUGAAUAGUUAUACAAUGUAUCACAUCUUAGCUAGUUUAGAUGA